CGCCUAGUCGGCAUGGCAACAGGUUAAAGUAAAUCUCACGCCGGCCAUUUUGUUUUGACAGAAUAUGAAGACUUUUUUACGCUGAAAUUACCGUAUUCAUCCAGAGAAAAAGCCAUGUCUUCAACACAAACUGUAACUCAAGGAAAACUUCAAAACUCCAGAACUCACGACUACCUUUAUGGUAAGUAUUUGGGCUGAUAUUGAAACAAAGCUGAAAUCUAUUUUUCUGAAGCUCCAUUUGCUUGACCCCAGGUGGAAAUCUUAUUAAGAUCUUACUAAGAUUCUUGUAAGUUUCUUACUAAGAUUCUUAUUAAGAUUCUUAAUUAAGAAUCUUGUAAGACCUUACAAGAUCUUGUAAGAUCUUGUCACAAGAUUCUUACAAGAAUCUUGUAAGAUCUUACAAGAUCUUGUAAGAAUCUUGUAAGAUCUUACAAGAUCUUGUAAGAAUCUUGUAAGAUCUUACAAGAUCUUGUAAGAAUCUUGUGGUAAGAUCUUGCCAGAUCUUGCAAGAUUCUUGUAAGAAUCUUGUGACAAGAUCUUACAAGAUUCUUGUAAGAAUCUUGUGACAAGAUCUUACCUGAUCUUGUAAGAUCUUACAAGAUUCUUGUAAGAAUCUUGUGACAAGAUCUUACCAGAUCCUAUAAGAUUCUUAACUAAGAAUCUUGAUAAGUAUCUUAGUAAGAAACUUACAAGAAUCUUACAAGAUCUGGUAGGAUUCCUGUGACAAGAAUCUUAAUUAAGUACCUUCACAAGUUUUCAAAAGAACUUGUUAAGAUUCUCAACAAUGUCUUAAUGAUCUCUAAAAGAACUUACAAGAACUUGUGAGAUUUUCAAACAACUUACAAGAAUUUUUGCAGAAUCUGUAAAAAUUCUUAAAUAUCACAUUUUUUUCAGACCAUAGUAGGUAACUGAUGGUUUAUGCAAUAUGCAGUAACUGGAUGAUCGAGGAAUGGAGAUCACAACUAAGAAAGAAUUUCUUCAUCCAACAUUUAAGCAAAAUUUAUUGCAAAUUCUCAACACUGUGAAAUUAAUUACUAAAAAGAUCUUGAUAAGAAACAUUAACUGGUAAACAUGCACGAUUUAAAUGACAAUUGUACAAGAAGAGUUCUUGUUCUUCCCUUGAUGUGUUUUAAAAAAUCUAAAAAACAAUUGUUUUAAUUGUUGGAGUCAUUUGACAGUUUGAUUUGAACUACCAUAGUUAUCCUUUCACAAAAAAGCCAUAAUAACUAAAGGCAUGUCCCAGUUUUAAAUUGUUCUUUGUUUGAUUCAAACUGAAAUAGUUUUUCUUUUUUUAGAGUAAUUUAAGCAUGAAAACAAAAAAAACAACAACAAAAUUUUGUAUUGCAGCAAACGUGUUCAAAGAAUUAAAGCUCACUAUCACUCAUCUUAGUUGGCAUUUUAGUCAAUUUGACAGCUACUUGACAAGUAAAUUUGCAUAUAUUUCAAUUUUGUACAAAUAUCAACCAAGCCUUAGUUCAUUCAGUCCACGGACUUGUCAACAUUGCCCUCUACAUUGUGAACUUUUCUCUUGGAAUCUAAGCAAUUUUUUUUAUUCAGGUAGAGCCUUAUUUGAGACCACCUCUUAUUCAUUUGGGCAUCACCAAAUUUCUGUAUUAUGGCUCCUGUGGGAAGAAAAAAAGAAAAAAAGAAAAUAGUAAUUUGUAUACAGGUACAAAAUAUACUAAAACCUUGAGAGCGUAUUUUUUAAAAUCCCUGCCAGAGAGGAGUAAUAGGAGUUUGGUUUCAUUGUACAUCUAAAAUGAAAUGUAACAUGUUAGGAGACAAGAAUCAAGAUUGAAAAAAAACCCUCAGUGUUUAAAUAAUUAAGUAUCAUAAUCUAUUGUCUGCAGUAGAAUUGUUGCUCUGACUUCAAUUCCAGCUUUCAGUAGCCUGACUUGUGAGGAGUACUUACUAAGGUAGAGGGGAGGAGCUUCUCAAUGGUUCUCCUUGAUCACCAUCAUGCCUCAUCUGUAUGCAAAGAAAAGGAGGUAGUGACUAUCUUUAACAAGAAUUUAUCAUCUUUAAGAGCAAAAUUUUUAUGUACAAGUUCCCAGUUAUGAAUCUUGGCAAUUUGCACUGCCCAACUCCAAUCCAACAAACUUUGUUUACGCUUUGCACUGCUGAAACAGCUAUUCCCAAUUCUCACAAAAAGUUGAUAAAUGAAAAAUUACCUUUUUACAAUCAGAGGAGUUGCCACCCUUCUAUCCCAUUCUGUGCUUGUAGCAUUAAGAUGGGACUCAAAGUCUACUUUAUUCAGGAUACAAUCAUUUUUACAGGUGAUCCUAUCUCUCCUGUUCUCCUGUGAAUAUGAAUUGAAAAAAUGUUUACAUUUGUUGAGCAAUCCCUCCACUGAAUUAAGUUUCAUUAACCUUUAGAACAAAGAAAAUUGUGAGAAAGGGAAGCAAGGAAUCAUAACUCAGCAUUAAAUGAAAACCAGAAAAAAAAUACACACACAUUCACAAAACAAAACAAAUAAAAACUAAACAGAACCAAACAAAAUACAAAAAAUGUUGCAUGGAAUUAAUACAGGUAUCGAAUGUGUUAGAGUAAAAUUAACAGGAUAACAGUGCCAAAAUUCUGCCUUAAGCCAUCUAAGUCAAUGAAGUCUUGAAGGAGGGGGGGAAAUGAACUAUCAUGCACCAACAUUGAGUAUUUAGAGUUCUUACAUCAUCAGAAGAACUUCCCAUUUUUUGGUAAUUUUUGUUUGCUUUGGGAAGAUUUCCACUACUGUGGACACGGCCGUGAUAAUCAAACCCAGUUUGGCUUUCAUCAUCAUCCUCACCAGUGGAAACUUUUAAGUAGAACGUGGCAAUUUAUAAUUAUUUGGGAAUAAAGGAAUUCCAUAAUCGAUUUCGCGUUGUUAUUGCACCCUUCUAGUUUAACUUCUAGUGGUUAUUAGUAAAGCCGAAGACAAAUUAAUUGUUUAUUGUGAACCAUUUCCAUGCGAGACGACUGGAAGCUACGAUGAUUCUGCCUACAACACUUAAAUCCAGAACAAUCUGGAUUAAAACUGACUUGAGAGAAUUGCUACAAGUGCAGUAAGGUUAGCAGCCGCCGUUACGUGGUUUUGAUGAUGAUAGCGUUACAUCUCGUGUCAGUUUCCACUCAAUUCUAAACAAAAACGCUUCCUGACGAAAUCGAACCCUAACGAGAUUUUAUGAUUUGCCUUGUAUAAAAAUACCGUGGCCUUGCAAUUACAUAAACUUAUCGUCACUUUUUUUCGUCCAUGCUGAAAGAAUCUAAAAAGUGCGAGAAAUAAGUCUAUCGCAUCACCUUCCAGAUGUGUAAUGUUGAUAACGUGAACUUAAUGAAUAAAAGUCAGUAGCACUUACCUUCGGGAUGAUUUGCCUUCAUUUGCUUCAUUACCAGUCGUGCACUAGUGGUUUUUUUUUUUUUAGAAAUCUUCUCAAGAUACUUAAACUACCAAGACCAAUGUGUUCCUUGAGUUAUAAAGCGAGUCGUCGUGCACAAUCAUCAUACGUGUGCUUUCUAUGUGCUUAGAUGUGUAAACUAUUCACUGAGGCCACUUCACGUGACAGAAUAAAACAAGGAUAUCGCAACCUUGAAUGUGUAAUCGUAGUGUUCUUUCACAAGAAAAGCAAAACGCGAUUUAUCUUCUCUGGUGUGCUGUAAACUCAUGUUACUUACCGACUGCGUCAUUUUCUGUAUUUUAAGCGACAGUAUAAACAUUAGUGAUUUUGCAAAGAACUUGGCUUGUAAAAUCCUAAUUUUUGAGAUCAUUAUUCUUCUUCAGGGCUUUAGACACAAUUAAAUUUCGCAACGAGGUAGAUAACACUCAACCAAAGUAAAAUUUCUAUAGAACUUUGCCGAAACGAAAUGGCGCGUGAACGGUUGACAACAACAGUCGAGUGAAUAAUUUGUAAUUUUGCGCCGGCCGUAGCGGGAGACUGGGGAGAGCCUUGGUGAAAGUACAAAAUGUCACGCAACUCUCGCAAGUAUUUUGUAAGUAACUACCUAUAAACUUUUUUAAAAUACUUUUAAUUUCUGCCAUCUGACCGGUCUGCAAAUUUUCGAUGUUUAUUUGUUAGUUAUUUUGUAAAGAAUUUGGUCGGUAAAGUCCUAAUUCUCAAAAUCAUUCUUCUUCUUUAGGGCUGUAAGGCACACUUAAAUUUCGCAACCAGGCAGAUAACACUCGACCAAAGUAGAAUUUCUGUCGAACUUUGUCCGAAACGAUAUGAUGCAAAAACGGUUAACAACAAUGAUCAAGAGUACAAUUUGCAAUUCUGCGUAUGUGCAGUGGCGUGGAAUGCCUUGGUGAAAGUACAAAUUUCAUGCAACUUUCUUGAAAAAUAUUUUUACAAAUAGGUAGCUAUGAAUUUUUUUAAAAUACAUCUUUUCAUCCUGCCAUCUGGCUGGUCUGCAUACUGCCAUAUUUUUUUUUCUGAACCAUAUCAGCGAAAGUCUCUUGCUUGUGGAAUGUGGUGACAUUAUCUAUGGGUGUCUUUAUGUUCAAGGCAAAGAUGGGAAGGUUUAAUCCCUUUCUAGACACUCCUUAUGAACAUGAUUAGUAUUAUUUAAACUAGCUGUUCAGUAUAUUUCAUAAUCAAUCAUCAAAUGUAAUCUGAAAAGUCUGUCCAAAUUUAAUCUGUUGAUACCAUAAUUCCAGUGGAACAAUUACCUCGUUAGAAAGCAGCUGCAUGUGUAUUGUGUUCUCGGGUCUAAAAUUUGCACACCAUACCAUAGAAGCUUACUUGACGUUAUGUGAUCCCCUUUUGGACAUGGGAUUUUUCAAAUCAUGUGUGAGAGGUUUUAAGCCUUAUGCAUCCCCAUGCUCUCUUAUGAACAGAACAGGAUAAGCAUUUCAAGUUACUCAAGAAUGUACUGGAAUAAACUUGAUAAAAUCUUGUCAAGAACAUUUAAAUUCCUACUGAUCUUAAAAUUUUGAUUCUUACAAAACUCUUAGAUGAACUUUAGAUGAAAUCCUGUCUAGAAUCUUAAUGAUGUUACAUUUACAGAUCUUACUUCAUUAUUAAGAUUCUUAAACAAACUUACCAAGAUCUUGUCAAGAAGCUUGUAAGAUCUUCCUUUUCUUAAAGAUUAGGAUUCUUACAACUGAGAUUCUUAAGUGAACUUUAUAUGAUGUUGUUAAGAACUUUCAAGAUCUUAAUGCCCAUGUGUUGUAAAAUUUUUUUUAGGAUUCUUAAAAGAUUCUUAAAUAAACUUAAUAAGAUCUUGUUGAGAACCUUUCAAGAUCUUAACCCCCAUUUCUUGUAAAAUUUUGUGAGGAUUCUUACAAGAUUCUUAAAUAAACUUAGUAAGAUCUUGUUAAGAACCUUCCAAGAUCUUAAUCCCCAUGUGUUGUAAAAUUUUGUCAAGAUUCUUACAAGAUUCUUGUAUAAACUUAAUAAGAUCUUUUAAGAUCUUACAAUGCUCAAACCUGGUUAAGAUUUGUUCAAGAAUUUGGCAAGAUCUUAUUAAGAUUAUUAAUUCUUAAUAAGAUCUUAGUAAGAUCUUCAUCUUAAUUGCCAUCUUAUAAGAUUCUUACAAGAUCUUCCAAGAUCUUACAAGAUCUUCCAAGAUCUUAAUAAGAUUUCCACCUGGGGACGUACCCUGUGAUUGAAACUUCCCCUUUUUUUGCGCAACAAACUUACCAAGCAUCCUUCAACUUUUUUUCCUUUGUUUGUGCACUGUGAGGAUAAUAACGAAAUUAGUGGUCUAGUAUACUUUCAAGACAAUCCUUGGCAUUUACCCUAAACGAUUAUACCUUGUCCCACUGAUACCCAUCGGUGUAACCUUGUGCAUUUGAUGAUUGAAGAAGAUCUUAUGGACGGGAGAAAGAUAAUUUUUGAAUAUGGAAGGCGCAUCAAAUUGAAAUGAGAACUUGAAUUUAAAUGACGAACGAAUCAAGUCCAUCUAAGUAUUUUAACGAGGGAGCAAUAAUUUUCACACUUUGUGUGUUGCAUUGUGGCGAGAACUGAUCAGCAGUGUCAAAAUACAUACUGCAGCUAUACACUUGAUUACGCUGAAACCUGGUAUACAUAUGUUUUAAGCGUAUUUUUUUUCUUUCAGAUCCACUGUACACAUUAUCAAGUGAUAGGGACCAUGCAAGAGCAACGUUUAAGGCGCACACUGGGACAGACAGAAUUGUAAGUCUGAAAUAUGAUGUCCACUCUUUAAUUGCAUUGAUCUUUAGGGUAUCUUAUCAGUUUCGGACAGUCUGCUUUGAAGCAAUAGUCAUCAAAUUUCAUCUUUUCUCUGUCUACACUACAGAAACGAGUUCCACAUUUCAAGACAAUGUUCAGUGACCUACGUCACUAUCCAAGAUACAGCAUCCACCUGGAGGUGACAGACCCUGUGCCUAAGUUCAUACCACGACAGUGGAGGGGAUAUGCUGAUCAAGAUAGAGAAGCUCUCAUCAGAUACACCAAGUAAGGCUUACUGUAUUUCUUGAAUAUUGGUUGCAAAACCAGAAUCUAUGACCCUACCAGCAUGGUAUUUUUCCAAUAUAAGGAUGGAUAAUACCAUUAUCCAUCACCCUUUGCCUUUUUUGAUAUGUUUGAUCAGAUAAGCGUGAUAAUUUUUACAAAUGCUAUUAAAUGAAUUACUGUUAUGCAAGGCUUUUUGUAGAUAAAACACAGUUAUGUGGGCCUCUUUGUAGUUAAGAUUGUUCUUUAUUAAGACUUUUACUCAUUAGCUAAAUUUAAAGAGAAGCUUCAAAACAGGUUCCUAUCCAAUCCUAACCCAAAUUUAUCAAAAGAAUUUGAAAAAAAAGAAAAGAAAAAACAGAUAAUUUCAAGAUUGUAAGAGUCCUUGUCAAUCUUUAAAACAAGCAACAUAUAUAUGCAUAAAUUUGAAUGAAAUUUCACUUAAAGCAUAAAUGUAGUACCAGUAAUUCUUUAUUUUGGAUGUAAUUUAUAGUAUUGGGUUUUUCAUCUCUAUCAGGUUCAACUAUGAUCCAUCAGUUCAAGUUCCUCCUAAACAUCAUGAGAAGGUGCAUGUUUCUGGGACAGACCGAUAUAAGUUUUUCCGCAGGCCAAUUAUUCCAUUUUUGCAGCAAGUUCCUCCAGAUGUUCUCCUGCAGUCAUCUAAGUAAGAGACAAUUAUGUUCCAGUUUGAGUUUACUGUGGCUGAUAUUAUGAUUUGGUCAGCCAUUUUAAUUAUUUGACACUAAUUAUCACUGUACAUGCAUAAUUACAGAAUGGACCCCUUGGCUGCCCCUGAAAUGGAAGCUGAAAGGCCACCCACCCCAGCUACACGUACAGUAGAAGUACAAACUGAUUACAGAGACAGUGAGACACAAACAGACCCAUAUACUCCAGAGUAUGUUGUACGACCAGGUUCACAACCCGAGCUACUCACACUGGCUACUCUUUCAUAUGGUAAAUUGAGUUCAAACUAGUGAUUUAUAGGCUUGAUUACCAGCACCUGUUAACUCCUUAACUUCCAUGAGUGAUGAAGAGAGAAUUUCUCCUUAAACAACAGAUUACCAAUACAUUUAUCAACCAGAUAUUUCCUUAUUUCUCAUGAGAAAAAUAUCAAUUUUGGGAUUAUGUGUGAUCCCUUUUUAACCUAAAAUAUCUUGUACCUAAAUCACACAAUAAAACUGAUACCUCACUUUUGUAAAAUAGGAGCCUGUAGCUUGCAUAAGCCUCUUGGUUUCCGUACAGGUUUCCUUGCUACAUGCUAAAUCUUCAGCUAUAUCAUAUUUAUGUAUAUGAAAUUACACUUUUAUUUCUACUGAUGUGUUAUAAUUACAAAAUGGCAUAAAAUAAACAAAUAAACAAAAAUUAAUAAAUAAACAAAUAAAAAAUGCAAAAUUAUACCUAAUACAUGUAGAUGGCAAGCUUAAUGAUCAUCAUGUUAAAGUUAAACAAAGUGUGCAUGCUUAGAUCCAAUCAACUGUAGAUCAAUUUGUUGAGUUAUUGGAAAUAAUUGUUGCAAUUACAGAGCAGUUGUUCUUUGUUUAGUUUCCUAGAUAUAUGUAAUUGAAACAGCAACAACAAUACACUUGAUACAACCAUUGCCUUUAGUUCAGUCACAAUUGUCUCAGUUUUAUAUAACAAUGAACAUGAAGGGUAACAGCCAGAAAUAACCUUAACCCUUUACACCCAAACAUGAAUAUCCAUAUUCUCUAUACUGUCCUCCAUAUAUUUCCUAAAAUGAUAAAGAGAAUUUGUUUAAUAAUCAAGAGCUUUUUUAAUUGGUGAUCAUUUCCUUUAUUCUUGUGACCUACAUAUGUGAUUCAGAGUUGAUAUCAUAAGGAGAAAUUAUAUGCUGGUCACUAUCAGGGGCCAAAGGGUUAAUUUGAUAAAAUGCCAGGUUGCUUGAUGGAAUUAAUUACUAAUAUAUAAUUUUGCAGAUUAUGAAAUAAAUACUUGAAAUAAAGAGUUGACAAUGCACUGUAUAUAUAGAAGUGCCUUUUCCAUUUAAUCAAAUCAGGUAUCUGAAGUUUAGAACAAAAAUAGCAGACAGAGUACUUAGUACUACAAACGCAGGAAUAAUGAACUUGAACAUUUUUUCAAUUAUUAUUUCUUGAAGGUCAUGGCUUGCCAGCCGGACUAGCGGAAGUAGAGAUGAUUGAAAGAGCAAGGGCCAAACGAGCUUGGUAAGAAAAAUUUUUCUUGACAAAAGGAUGAAGGAAGUUUAUGCUUAUGGAUGAGCUUUGGUCUUCAGUUCAUGAUGCCUAUCAAGAAUGCUUAAGACAAAUAGGUUUUACAUCUUUGAACCCCUUCAGCUUUGAACCGCAUAAUAGUCUCAACAGGUUUCGUCUACAUGUUUGACGUGAGCUGAUGCAGUUCAUGUCUUCUCGUCUUUACAGGGAGGCAACACUUCCAGCUCUGAAUGACACAGAAAAUCUUGAAAAGAGAAAGCGAAUGAUGGACGAACAAGAACGAAGAGAGUGGUCAUUCAGAGAACAAGAAAUUGAGAAGUAAGUUUUUUGUUCACUUAUUUGAUAGAAAUUUGUACUGUAUAUAUAUUAAAGAAAUAAAAAACGCGCCGAAUGCAUUAUUGAGUGCACUUCUCGAGAGUUCUUAAAAAUUCCCAAGUGCUUAUAUAACUCAACAGUGCUCGAGGAACAAGUCUUUUUAUUUCUUUUAUAAAAUGUAUCUUGAACUGCGCGCGCACGUGCCGAUGACGUAGGCUACGUGUAUGACGGAAAUAUAAUGAACUUGUUCUGACCAAUCACGGCGCGCGCAUUUAUAAAAGCGUAUCUGAACCCUUAAAGAAAAUAACAUUAACCACUAUAUUUCGUGGCGUAUCCUUUCAUCAAGAUCGCCCCACAACUGUGCAAACAAAAGAUGUAACCUCUGCCUCAAAGAAAAAUUACUCAUCUUUCGCCGACCCGAAUUAUUAUCACUCAAUAAACGUAAUGAGCUCGUGUCCUCAUGCCGCCGCAGAAACAAAACUUUACUGCAUAACAAUUCAAGUAUUCUUUUUAUGCAAAUUAAGUAUAUAAACGAUGGUACGAAUAUUCUGGACAAUAAAAACCCCUGAUGAGAGAGCAACUACGAAACAGGCUUGUAGGGAUGAAAGUAUAGUCUCUCUGUUUUUUUCCCCUAUCCCAACAUAUAUCGCGCUCUACUUCUACGUAUUGAGCACUGUAAAACGGAAAAAUCAAUACACAGACUUCCUAUAUAUAUAUAUGAAGAUGUUGAAUUCCGUAAAUCUCACCCCUCCUCUUUUAAAGGUUGCAAGAGGCACGACUUGAGGUGUUGAAGAGAAUCCUUGAACAAAGAGAGGAAGAUCACGCUGAGCUGAACACAAAGAGACUGGAUAGACUAUGGUUAGUUUAGUUUGUAACUUAUACCCUAUGACGUUUUCUUUUAUCCUAGAAACCUGCGCAAGGAAACAUUUCUUGAUAAAUUCCAAUCGAGAACUCUUCUUGUCUGUGAAAGAACAAUACGUUUCUCGUUUGUUAACCCCCCCCUCCCCCAAAAAGAGGUGCUUUAAGGUAAAUUUAUCGUUUAUUUUCUUUGCACAGGUCAAACAAGCAACAAGAAAAAGAUAAGAAAUUUCAAAGAAUUCAAACGGAGCAUAUUAAAAGUAAGUUGUCGUCUUGUUUUCUGCUUGUACACUGUAACUCUCUAGUUCAGCGGGUGUAUAAUUAUGUAACGUUAUUAUAACACUCAGGUAGUACGUGCGCCAUAACCGGUCAAAUAAACGAGUCAUAUUUCACUGUACGGCUCGCUAAAUUUAAGCGUUUGUUUGAAUUGAAAGCCUGGGUAAUCAUGAUUUUCUUGCUAAUCUCGUUUUCUCGGUCUGUACUGCAAGUUACGAAACCUCGUUUUUUCCACUCGGUACAUAAGUUUCAUAAAUUACCUCGAAUUCGGUUAGUACGAGGUUUCUAAGGAAGUUAUACACGGUAAACUGAAACAUGCCCUUCCGUUUGGCAGUUGUGUUGAAUUUCAAAUGCUACAGAUAAUUCCACAAUAAUCCAGUUGCUGUUUUCCCUUCACAUAUUUUACUAAACUGCGGAGUCUUUAAAUGAUGUUUAAAUUUUUUUUUAGAAAUUACACCUAGUCUUGAAAUGUUGCAGUUACUGAAAAAUGUUUUUGUCUUUCCAGCUGUGAGAAAGUUAAAUGAAAAAAGACGUACAGUAGAAGGCAAACUGGAGCGACGAGACAUAGUGCGAGACUAUUCUAAGUUCGACUCUCAGACAUAUGCUCCUAUGUCUCGUGUGGGAGUAUUCGUGGACCGGGGAUCUGAACAGUAUAAUGUGAAGAGCUUCCAUCUGAACACCUAUCAGGGCCUUCUUGAGCUAGAGGCUUCACUCCCAGACUUUGUGACGCAGCCCCGGAUUCAGGCUCCGAAGCCAAAGUCCAGCGGCAAGGGAGGCUUUGUCAAAAGGAAGCAGCGACGUCAGAGGGAGCUGGAAGAGGUGGCGAAUGCGAUUGAGUUAGCGAAGAAACCGCCAGAGCCUGAAAAACCUCUGAAGUUUUUGGUGAAGGUGGAGAAACCGAUACCGCGCCCCCCGACCCCAUCAGUGCAAGUUCCAUCCCAGGUGAGAGAGACAAAACUCGCUAAUAACUCUUAAAGAGUUGAGAACUAGCUGUUGGGAAUCAGUUGAACUCAUUUCAAGAGUUAAAGGAGACCUCAAGUAAACUGUGACGGCGAUAGCAACGAGAACGAAGUGAAACAAGACAUUUAACGAGCACAAGAAUAGCCCUUUUCCCCCUCCCCGUGUGUUUUAUAACUUGUUUCAAAACGUUCGGAGAAAUGUACGCGCCAUGAUUGGUCAGAACGAGUUAAUUAUAUUUCCAUAAAGCACGCGCCCUACGUCACACGAGUGCACUGUUGAGAUAUAAUGCACGCAGUCUACGUCAUCGGUUCGAGCGCGCGCAAUUCGUGAUACAUUUUAUAAAAGAGAAAAGAGAGCAGUGCGGAGAAGCAUGAGCCGAAGGCGAGUGUUUCUCGCACUUCUCGAGUGUUCUUAACAAUUCUCAAGUGCUUAUAUAACUCAACAAUGCACUCGGCGCGUUUUAUAUUUGUUUAUUAAAUUGGAUUUAUUGGCCGCCUUCCGCAAAACAACAGCGUCAAAUCGCCAACUUUUGCGUGGUCUUUACGUUCCGAUCUGGAACUCAACGUUGCGCUCACACGUUGUACUUAAGUUGGGGUCUGUUGCCGUGAUAGAAGGUAAUUACAACCAGCCAUUGUUGAAUUCUGAAGAACAAUGUGACUCCCUUUUUUAAUCGACUUUUUCCAUCGGUGUUGUUCUCCUAACCUCUAAGUUCCUUAAUUCCAAUUAGAAAAGAGCUGUGAAUGCGCGUUAAAUGCGCGAAAGCGCACGUGAUCGAGCCGUGACUGACGAGGCCCCAUCUGAUUAGUCGACUAGUCCUUCUCGACAUCUUUGAAAGUAAAUUUACUACGUAAUUCGGAAACUAACACAAUUCUACUCCCAGGUUCUUUUCAUCAUUCUUGUAAAACCUGUUCGAUAUAUCUUGGUUCCUGAGGACUCUUUGAUUCCUAACCGUCCAUAUGUUAUGACAACGGUACCAUAUCAUAAGACCUUCGUUUGGACUGACACAUUCUCCUUCUUCCUCUUUCUAUUAUUUCAGCUUGAAGAGGAACAGGAGCUCGCUUUGAUUUUCUUGCAGAAAGUUAUCCGUGGUCGUGCCAUUCAAAAUAUGGUGAGUUAGAACUAAUGCUUUCUGUUUCUCUACUUUGUUCAGUUAUGGACAAGCGGCACUAUCAGCUCUUUAUUUUCUCGUACAUGUAAUGUUUUUAAUUAUUAUUUUAUUUUCUAUCUGUACCUUAGAUGUUUGAAGGAAAGGAGAAGCGUCUAGAGUUGAUUCAAGAGCUACGCAGUACGCAUGCGCUGCAAGAAGCUGGGCAAGUAGAAAAGAGAAAUGAGCGACAAGCUGUGUUGAGCUUGCAGAGGCAGAGGAGACUGGAUACUAACAAGGUACAUUGUUUGUCAGCCAAUGAUUUCACAGAUCGAAUGGACCGUAUGUUUUUAGCGUUGUAUGAAAAACAGAACGUGAUUGGAGAAUCUUCGUGAAAUGAUGAGCUUUCUGAUAAAUUUUAUAUUGCACAUCGCCCCUUCAAUGUGACGAAUUGUCCAAGAAAUUCUCAGUCCUAAUGGCCGCAGUGAAUUGCGUGUACUAUUUUGUUCCAUGUAGGACCUAUCAGUCAGCUUUCUUCACUGGCUUUAUUGCGGACCGUGAUGUUCUUUUUCGAGCACUGGCGGGAUCGUUGUGUUGUGUUUGUGGGCAUUACAGUUAACUCUCACAGUUCUUUCCUACCCCUGGGAUUGGCGAUGUGAGAAUUGACGAUAUUACUGUUAAGGCGUUAUCAGUAAUAAAACUAGCAUCCUAGCCAGGGAAGGGUAACAAUACCCCUUUAUUCAUCAUGUACAAAAAUCGAGAGAAGCUCUGUUGGAGUAGGACAGUGUAGGCCAGUUGAUCGUCGAGAAAACAUAACUUUCUGCCACUGGACUCGUCUCCAUAACGACGCCUGCGAACAUUCUUUGACACACACCCCCCUCUUCUAAUGUAGUUAAUCGCCAAUGUUUGUGUGCCAUCUUGGAGACCAUCACUGAGCGGGGCACGAGACGCAGAAGGUGUCCCAACAGUGUAGCUUAAAAUGUUAUUCAAUCCUGAUUCCCCUUUACUAACAUACACACACGUUUCUUUGCCUGUAUCUACACUCCAUUGCCGAGACAGUUUCUCGCUUGUCAAUCUCUCAUCUUAGCGAUCUCGAUAUUUCUUUUGAUUGUUUAAACUGGUUGUCACUUAUAAAACUGCUUGCCAUGCUAUGUCUAAAUUGUUUCCUAAUAUGUCCUCACUCAUUUCGUUUAACCAGGAAUCUUUUGUGGAAGAAGCCCUAGCUCAGAUGGAAGGCUCGACCCUUGCAGACAUGUUUGAUUUCUUGAGUAAGGAGCUGAUUCGACUUCAGGUGAGAAAUUUUUACGAUUAAGUCUGAAUUCAUUCAACAACAUCCUGUCUCGUUUUGUCCACUAAAGCGUUUGGUCGGAAGUGUUUCAUUCGCUGCCGAACGUCUUUCAAAGCGCCUUGAAAGGAAUUCCUUUUAGCCUGUCUUCUCCUUCAAAUUAUUGUCGUUAGAGUUGCUUGAUCAAGUAGUGACUGUUGUAUGUUUAAUUUUCCCAAAGCAACGCUGACUAACACAGACUCACUUUUUAUCAGAAUUUUAAAUGAAUUUUCACCAUCAUUCGUUUGAAAAGGACGGAGAAACUGCUAGAAAUUGAAUUUCUUAAAGUGUUUCAAAUCUGAGGGAAUUUUUCAAGCGAUUUUCCACUUUUUUAUCUGUUCCGUAUCUGGCGUGUGUGCGGCAAAAGGAAUCGAAGGUUUAUGAAGAAACUUCGCCUUAGUUCGUCAACGGGUCAAGAGAAUUACGUUUGGAAAUCGAGAUAUAAAUCACCUUAUAUGGUCCACAAAAAUAAAAUAGAUAUCCGUAACAAUAUAUUUGAAAUCGCAUUGUUGCGGGCAAAGUUUAAAUACUCUAAAAACGAUCAAAAUAAAAGCGGGGAGCUUUUACUUUUUUUGUUUUCCUUUUGCUCUUAGUAGACGAAAAAUUUGGAGAUUAAGUGCUAGUAUCAUUACUUUCUUGGCUGAUAUGUUUUUCAGGAAUUUUUUCCUUUCUUGCUUUGUUCUUAUUACUUCGUAAUAUCGCUCGAGGAACGAAAAUUUUGUGUUUGUGGUAUUCUUUUCUCACUAAUUUUUCCUAAAAGACUUGUCAAGACAUAAUUAAACAGUAUGCGGUCAAAGUGUUUCGACGAAUCACCACGAGCGAUCGAACCGCGCAUUACCGCUCUCGAAGAUGUUCUUUCAAUUUUGUCCUUUUUUAAAAGGCUUUCAAGUCUUGGUUUAUCUCGAACCGCAAAAAUGUCUUGUUUAAUGGACUGACCAAGUGUGUGAUGGUUCGAAUAUUUUAGGAAGAGAGAAGAAUCCAUGCUUUUGCCAUGUUGGCUGAACGACAACGAAGGAUUCGUGAAGCCGAAGAGGGCGGACGAAGACAACUUGAAGAGAGACGACGGCGCGAAGAAGAUGAGAUUUUCAAACAGGUGAGAAAGAACGAGUAGUACUCUACCUAAACAUAGUAGUGUAACCAUUAACCUUCAAUGGUAUUCUUCAAAUGUAUUUUAUUUUCUUCCUUCUCUUAAAUCCAUCUUGUUCGCUUUUUACGUAAAGCGGAGGCGCAAAUGUAGGGAAACUGUAAAUUCAGUUUCUUUCCAGAAACGACGCGUAGUUAGACGCAAAUGUCGCCAUUAACAGCAAGAACCGACAAUUAAUUGUGUGCAGAUGAUUCCAAAGUUGUAGUGUCUUAUUUUCCUCCGUUGAUUGUCAAAACAGAAUCGAGGAAGAUAAUUAAAAGGCAUGUUGCAGCUUAAGAUACUUAUUAUUUGUGUUACACUGCUAGAAUUUUUAACCGACACUUUGCUUUCACUUAAAUGGUUUCUUUUUUGAUAGGGACUUUCGUUUUAUUUUAACAAUUAAUGAUGUUAUUCUCGCUUUGAAAAAUAAUUAUAAAAAACAAUGAUUUAAACAGUGCUUUACUGUCACCAGUAUAGCGGCUGAAUAGUAAAAAUUAUUUCAAAAUAAAGAAACCCGCAGGUUUAUGAAAUUUUUUUUACGUUUGCCUUAGACUGGCUACUUUGUUGUUGUUCAUGUACUUGCUAAUAUGUCAAAACCUCAAUUUAAACUCUGAAACUCCGGUAAGAAAUCUUACGGAAUGGUGGGGUUUUUUAAAGAAAAAUUGUAUUUCAGCAGCAGUACCUCGAUAUCUAAUUGAAAGUUUUUCAUUUCCCCUUUCUCCCUUUUUUUUUCUCCAUUUUGUCUAGUCCUUUAGUGAUUGUGUGAUUCGGGCCGCUGAUUUUGAAAGAAGUAGCCUGUCACGUCAGUUAUCUCACAUGUGAUUGAUUGAUUUGUGUUCAGGUUGUCAAGGUUCAUCAGUCUACUGUUGAUACGUACCUUGAGGAUAUCAUUAUGGGAGCCAUCGACAAAACGGCCGAAGAACAGGUGAGUUUAGGAUGGUUCUGGUUCUUAAGUUUAUUCGCUCUCUUGGAGUACCCAAAAACUCCUAUCUGGUCACGCAUUCUUACAAAAGGAAGUCCUUGCAAUCUUCAGAAAACGAUGGGUGAACAACAAGACAGAGUUAGCGUUGUGGAAAUUUUCUGUAUCCAACCCAAAGAGAGUUGAUGAAAAUUUUUGGGAGGUACUCAGGAGUUUUUUUAAAAAGCUAAAAAUCGGAGUAAGGUAUGAUGCUGAACUGGAAUUGCCAAAGAAGAGGAGGUCAGCGGCAGAGUUGGCGAGGACAGAGAACAAGCCCGGCUUCCGUUUAGUUCAUAGAGGUUGAAGAGUGAAAAUCAAAGCAAGCAAAUUUCUUCAGUGUCUCAAUCUAUUUUGGCUCUGAAGUGGACCAACUUAUUCUGUGUGGCUGGCAAAUUUUAUCAACAACGUUUCCUUGUUGUUGCAGUCCAAUUUAUUGAGAUACCAACGUAGGAAGUGUUUUAUCAGACUGUAGCAUACUAGUCUAAUCAUGGCUAUAACACGAUACCAACCUUUUCAGGCUCGUAAAGAAAUCCAAGACCAAGCAGAGAAGAUCAACCAAAUUGCUUACGACAUGGAGAAAACGUAAGGGGUACUUUAACUGUUGCACUGAGGAUAUUAUGAUUUAAGGAUGAAGAUAUUAAAGUAUUCCGGAUUUUACGUAGAAGCGUUGGAGGACUGAGAGCGAACAAUGUUAGAAUUGCAGUCUCAGUUUGUUCCAGUUUUAAGUUCUCGUGAACCUUGGUGUUAAACCUGAUUAUCUCUUUUCUCCUUCAAAAUUUAGGAAAGGAAGUUUGUAAUUCCAAAUAUAUUUUUGUUUUGGGUUUUCGUGGUUUUUCUCAAUCAAGUGUAUAUUUAUGUCAGAAGAUGGUUCGCAAUAAACCUGUCCUCUGAAAACCUUACUAGUAUCCUUUAUUAUCAACUUCUGCAGCCGAACCAGACUUCAAUCUGAAGAAAUUGUUGCCGAGCUAGUCACGUCGUUCUUGUUGCCAGAAGUACAGAAAAUCACCAUGAGAGAGAACGGUAAGCCAGACGUCACUCGUUUUUUGCCAAAAACAAAAUCAUCCCUUUCGCUGUAACUUGCGUAACUGCUAGUUUUGUAAGCUUUGAGGGGGUCUGAGACGAGAAAAUGAGUCCACGUGGCCAGCUAUUCAGGCUAAUUGCAGAGAACCUAGAAGCUAUCAGGAUACUUAACAACUAGAUUAUGAGCUCGAGAUUUCUAUAUUUUCCUUGAGGAUACCCAUUUCACCACAAAAGAGAGAAUUAAGGCGACGCUCAAAUCGACCAUCAUGCAUGGAAAUCUAGAGCGAGUAAUCCUAUUGUUAUAGAAUAACGCUGCUAGACCACACAAAGUUAGGCCACUCAUUCUACUCACUAUAAUCACGGAUUAUAUAAUAACCUGAAUUAGAUGCGAAUUUUGUUAUUUGCCAGAGGACAGACGCAAAGAUGAGGUCACCAUGAAAACAUUUUGCUUCUUUAUUACGUUAAACAAAUAGAUUCCAUGUUGCCGUUGGCCUGUUCAGUAAUAGAUCACAUAAGACGUCAAAAAGUGGCAGUAACAUCAGUGACACUCGGCUGCACCUUGUGUGCCACUUUUUUCUUCUUAGCACAUUAUGACGUCCUAUGUGAUAUCCUACCGAACAGAUGCACGGUAACAUGGAAUCCAUUUGUGAAAUAAGAUUAAGCGAAUAUCGUAGUCAAUCAGAAUGCACCAUUUUUGAUAUAACGUUGGUAGGUUUAUGUUAAUUAACAGUACUGUCUGGUUUAAUUCGCAGUGAAGAGAAGCCAAAGGAAACAUCUUCUUGCAGCUCAUAGGAUUAUCCAUGGCGAAACAGAGCCUGUUAUGGAACAGUAUCCGCAACCAGAGCCUCCGAUGGAAGUAAAACAACCAGAGAAACAACCUGACGAACCGGUGGAACCUGAAAGGCCACCUUCAGGGCAACAAGUGUCAUCCCGACCGCCAUCGGGUCAAAAGCCGUCGUCUCGACCUUCGUCGAUGAAAUCUUCGCCUUCGAGACCGGUGUCCGGAAAAUCACACAAAUCGGACGUUGGAAGCUCUAAACAGCCAUCUCGAACAGCCAGCCCAAAGUCCGAACAAUCCUCAAGAGCAGGGUCACCAAAGACGCGCGGUUCCUCUCGUCCAAGUACGGCCAGGUCUCGGCCUCAUUCGUCUCCUUCUCGUCCCUCGCCGGAACCUUCAAACGCUACCGACGAGGCGUCAUAGAGCAUUUAAACACAAUUUUGAAAGUUAAAAUUUCAUAGACUUCCUAGUAGAGAGAAACAAUUCAUUCGAUCAUUCCAUCUGCGAUGCUAUAAGUGAAUUUCAUGUUUUAAUUUGCCGGGUAAUAACAAUCUGUUAUGGGAGAGGAUUCAUAGAUUUUCAUCUAUAGAUCACCACCAUCGUCCUCUAAAGUACAUACGUUAGGUACUAUUCUUGUAAAUAAAACUCAUUAUGCAUAUUACGAAUUCCAAUUUCUGCUUGACUAUGUACCAUUUGUUUGGAAUUCUCCCUUGGAUUUUCUAAUAAAUAGUUUUGAAUUUUAUUUUAUUUUGUCG